AGAAAAGAAAGAGGCUGGGGGACUCCAGUGGCAGAAUGAGAAAUAUGUUACAUAAAACGGUUAACAUUGAGUUUCCUUGCCGACUGGAUGACCUUAGCCCUACUCACGGAUGAGGAAAUAUAUGGCAUAGGAGUCAGUAUCAAAGAAAAGCUCAACGAAGAUGUCACCAAAGAGACAUAUCUAGAUAUUAAGGAAGACCCUUUUGAUUAUACAGAUGAAGGGAGGGAUGAAGUGAGCAAAGUGAACGUGGAUCUUCAAGAGCUCAGGCAUGAAAGAAAUGAAAAGGACUUGUGUAUCUUGAUUCAGGAUUCAACUGACAUUGAUGACGUUUGUUACAAGAAAAUCCAUCCUAUUAAUUUCAAUGACAAACCAUACAGAUGUCAAAUUUGCAACAAGACCUUCACUGACACAUGCAGUAUAUCAAGGCACAUGAAAGCACAUACAAAAACGAAGCCAUACAACCGUAAAAUUUGCAAUAAGACCUUCUCAGGGAAAGGUCAUCUAAUGGAUCACAUAAGAGUACAUACAGAAGAGAAGCCAUACAAUUGUAAGAUUUGCAAUAAAACCUUGCGAACCAAAAGUAAUCUGGUCAAUCACAUAAGAAUAUAUAAAAAAGAGAGGCCAUACAGCUGUGAAAUUUGCAAUAAGGCCUUUUCUGAGAAAUGAU